AUGCAUAUCAACUUACUCAUCGCUCUCUUUGCCUCCAUGGCCUCGGCUCAACAAGUGAAAUUCACUUUGUAUGAGCACUCCAACUUUGGUGGAGCGUCUCAUUCUGAGACCAAAAAUCUCGGCAGCGAUUGCUGGAACCUCAAUGGCAAAGGAGACACAGCAAGCUCUGUAAGGAACUUAGGAACGUGCACUACGUUCUUCCGGGAACGAGACUGCCGGGGUUCAAACUGGCAGCAGGUUGGUAAUGCAGCCACUGUUCCGGACUUCCUCAAUGAUCACAUCUGGUCAUUCCGCAACCAGUGCUGUGAUAGCGACCGAAGGGCCAGAUGCAACCUGGCCUGUGGAACUUCUUGCGUCGCUGCAGGACCACAAGGUAUUGAAGCUUGUCUCGAAGGUUGUACUGGUGGAUGUACUCGCGCCUAUGACUGUGUUUAA